AAUGGUGUCAUUUCUAUUUAUGGCGGUUGGCGUGAGUUUUGUAGAUCAUUCAGGCUACGUUUGUGCCUUAUAAUAAUUCUGCAAAUACUAUACAAAUAAUCUCAUUUUUAUAAAAAUUUUAGAUGAGGGAUUGGUUUCAAAUGUGAAUAUUGUGCCUACAGCUUAAAUAAUCCUAGACGUAUUUAUUUUAUUUAUCUCCAAUCUUAUUCCACUGGCAAACAAAGAUGGUUGAUGUUGACAAAUUAACUGAUGGGGAGCUCCGCACCAAGCUCCUGGAAUUUGGAUUCCCAGUGAUGCCCAUAACAGGAACAACCAGGAAAGUUAUGGCAAAAAAACUGAAAAUGCUGUUGGAAAACAAAAACAAGAUUGGUGGUGGAGAAGGUAGAAGAUCCCUGGGUCGUUACUCCAGUGAAGAUGAAAGUGACAAUGAUGCUAAAGUUACUAAAAAGAAGGAUAAUAGGAGAGCUACUAUGGCAGCUCCUUUAAUGCAACCACCUGCUUCAAGUCCUAAACUUAGGAAGAGUACAAGAUAUGAUGAUGAGCCAGAGGCACCUCCAAGUCCAGCAAAAAGGGACAUUAGAACAGUAACUACAAGUAGUAGUCGAUCCCAGAAAAUUGUUAAAAAUGCACAAGAUGAAUUUGAUACAGGUUCAGAUUCUGAGUCAGACCUGAACAGUUACAAUUCCAAGGGAUUACUGUCUGAUCAAAGGGGCUCCCCUCUCAAAUCUACUUUAUCAUCUACAAGCAAAUACUCACCAUCUAAAUCAGUAGAGAGUUCUUAUUUUUCUACCAAAAACAUAUCAUCUUAUGCUAGUGCAUCACCUAGUAGAUUAUCUACCUACAAUUCACCAUCUUUGGCUUCUGAGUAUGCUACAGAUAGAUUGAAUCAAAUUCGUUCCAGGCUGAGUCUCAAUACUCCAAGUUAUGAUAAACCAACUUACACUACAUCGGAAGAUAAAGAAGAAACUCCAUUCUUGAGUAACUUUACAAAGAAACUAUCAACUUUAUCAUCUCCGCAGAAAAAUGACUAUGAUUACAAAAAUGACAUCAUUAAAGAACAUGAUGCCAAUGGAUCCGCAUCUGUUAGAACCCAGUUGAAUAGCUACAGGGCAACUAGGGGCAGGGACACAGCCUAUGAUUACCGUCUCAACAAAAACAACAUUCUGCAAAACAAUUUUAUGUCAUUUGGUGUACUUGCCCUAGUAGCAUUAUUUUUUAUAGUCUUAGCCAUCAUGUACAUGGGCAUGAAACCAGACACUUCUGUCAUUUCUUCUGAUUUUACUUUGCCACCGUGCGUUGAAGACGACCCAAACUCGAAAAAAUGGGUAAAUUGCAUAUCUAAAAGAGACGCCAAUAACGCGAUGCAUCUGUUGGAAGUUCUAAAACCAGAACUGCAGAGAAGAGCCGAGAUCCAUUUUUGCUCUGAUUCCAAAGUGUUUCCCCAAAUGACUGAAUUCGAAAUUGAAGAUUUUUGUGUAUCCAAUUUUGAGGUGAAGAACACUACCCAGGUAUACAAUGAUUUGCGCAAUUUGAUGCUACUGUGCUUUCACAAUGCACAUUGGGGCAUAAAUAUCGCACAGACUGAUGACAAGGUUAGGUCCAGUAGAGCUGUUACUGAAAAAGAUUUACCCAAAGAUAUGGAAGAAGUGUUCUUAUAUUCUGACGUAAAAUUGACAAGUUUGGUUGUCUUGAAGCCUGACUUACCUUUUAAGUGUUCUUUCGUUAACAGUUUAUCGUCGUGGAAGGCUCUCAUUUACAGCAGUUUUAGUUUAAUAUUCCAAAGUAGCUUAUUUAUCAUAGUCGUUUUUGGAUUGUUGUACACGCUGAACGUAGCCUACAAAUAUUACAAGCAUCAUGCCCAACAGGAGAAAGACGAACUUGGAUUUAUGGUCGAGAGAAUUAUUGAUAUUUUGCAAUCUAAAGCAAGUGAAGAUUCAAAUAUGGACGACUUUGUGGUGAUCAACCAUGCUAGAGACAUGAUUUUACCAGUUGGAGAUAGAAAAAAAAAAGCGAGUACUUGGGCGAAAGCCGUAAAGUUUAUAAACGAGAACGAAUCUCGCGUAAGAACUGAAAUCCAAGAAGUAAAAGGAGAACCUUUUGAAGUAUGGAGAUGGAUAGGAAGCGCCAAUCUUAGCAUGACUGGGGACCAACCCAGCUUUACGUACCGCCAAGGACGAAGAAUAGUAGAUCCGGAAUUUUUUAUACGAGAAGUUUUAAAAUUCCCGCACAAGUUCAUGAGGUUUUGCAACAAUUCUGACAUCAUCUUCAAGAGCGAAGUUAGGGAUGGAUUUUUAUCGAUUUUUGUUCUAGAGUGUCGUAAAUGUAAAGCCCAACAUUCUGUCUGUAACGAGGAGUCUGAGUCGGAUCUACUGGAUGUUAAUUUGGCAUUUGUAGCGGGUAUAAUCAGUUUGGGACUUAAUUUUUAUGGAUUAAAUGAGAUUUGCAGCUCCUUACGUAUGCCUCUCGUACCUUUAGAAAGUUAUAACGAGUAUUUAGACGAAAUUUAUAAAAUAUACAAUGACACUACCUACAAAGACGAAAGUUUAAGUAAGAUCGGUGAAGAUGUUGUUCCAAAAGCGCAAGAUAUUGAAACUUUAGGAUUUGAACAUCAAAUUUUAAGAACUUCCACACCUAAAAUACCAAAUACUAAUGACUUAAACCAAAGAAAGCGAAGUCCUAGGUCUAGUAUACCGAAAUUGAAUAGCGUAGACAAACCACAGCUUAGAUCGGAUACAUAUGAAGAGAAAAAAACUAAAUUUUUGAAAGCCUUGCAGAAAACACCACAGGAAAUAGAUGAACUGCAGAAAAUGACGUUGAACCAAAAAGAUAGUUCAGUGUGGUUUAAAGAGAGAAGGGAAAGGCUGACAGCGUCCAAUUUCGGUCGCAUCUGUAAACUUAGAGAUUCCACCGAUAGGAAAAAAGUGGUUGAAGAACUCUUAAACAGCAAAUUUUUUGGUAACAUUUAUACGAAAUAUGGUAAUGAUAACGAGCUAAAUGCCGUGAAGGAUUUCGAAAAACUGCUGGCGGUAAAAGUGAUCAAUUGUGGAGUAUUUGUUAGCAAAGAUUACCCAUUUUUGGCAGCUUCUCCUGAUGGUUUGAUAGGAAAAGACGGUCUUGUGGAAAUCAAGUGUCCUUAUAAGGCCAAGGAUGUAACACCAGAAGAAGGAAUCAGAUCGAAAUUGAUACAGUUUGCUACUUUGGAAAAUAACCAAUUUAAGCUGAAAAGAGAAGAUAAGUAUUAUUAUCAAGUGCAAGGGCAGCUGUUUGUAACCGGUAGACAGUAUUGUUAUUUCGUAGUUUGGACACCUUUGGGGUUGUUGUACGAAAGGAUUUUUAGGGAUGAGCAAUUUUGGAAUAAUGCGUUGCAAAAACUGGAAGAGUUUUAUUUUGACCAUCUCUUACCUGUCCUUUUAGCAGAAAAUUAGGAGUAUGCUCUUCAAAAUAUCUUAAAACAGUUACACUUCUACUCAAAAAUAAGUAUUCUAAUUUUAACUUGAGGUAUUUGAUAAAAAGUGUGUGUAGAUUGUUAAACCUUAAUUGUUUAGCUAGGAAUGAAUCUUAAUCGUUUUUCUCGAAUAAUUGGAACAAUUUUCCAAUAAUUAUGUUGUCAGCUUUUUGGUGAAAUUACAAAUUAGUUUAAUUUUAGUCGUUGCAGCUGCGUUUUUGAUCUAAGACCUUAUUUUCAAAAUUAUUCUAACGUGAAUUAAUGACGGUGGGUUCGUUUAGAAUCAAUAUAAGGACCUAACCUCAUAAUAAUUAUAUGUGACGUCACGCCAAUAUGGCAUGUAAUAUAAUUAAAAUUUUAAAAUAUUCGGUGAAAUAUAAGACUGUUUUUUGUUCAGAUGUUUACAUUUAGAAUCAUUUGCAGCUUAUUGUCUCAUCCGAAAAAGAAUUUUUUUCUCGAAUGUCGAAUCUCGAAUUUUUCAAAAUAGUGUGAAGAUUCGACAGUGAUCUCAUUGUUCGUAGUCAAACGGCAAUAUCAGGGUAGGGCAGUAGUAGUAGUAGUAUUUUAGUAGUUUGCAAACAAGAAAUAGUCUCAAGGGGGUAAAUCUGGCGAAUAAGAAAUCUUGCAAUUUUGCCUGUGAAACGAUAGUCUAUUUGGCGGAUGUUUCGCCUAGACGGUUGUUCUUCAAAUAGGCAUCAAAAUUGUGAAAUAUAGUUACAUAGUAUACACCAGAUAUUGCUGUACCCUUUUUCCAAGUUAUCAAUCUGAACAAAAAUAUCUCAAAAAUCUUUCGUAUGUUCAAAAUAGUUCCACUUUCACCCAGUGUCUCAACAUUUAUUACACUUUUUGUCAUUGGUAAUAUUUAGUUGAAAUUUUGAAUAGCCUAUUAAUAUUUCGUAUAUAUUAAACGAAUUAUUUUAUUAACCUAAAACUAAAUUUAAAUAUACUUAGUGUCUUCAUGGCAUAUAUAAAUAAAAAAUACACGUGGAUUAUAAAAUAUAAUAAAACAUGUAACGGUUUUUUGUUCAAAUGUUUACAUUUAGAAUAUUUGCAGCUCCUCCACGUAUAAAAUAUACAAUUAAUCUAGUCAAGUAAUAAAACGCACAAUUUUUCAGCGUAUACUUCCUUUUAAAGCCAUACAUUUGAUAAGAUGUUUUUUCAAGAUUUUUAUCUCUUCGAGAGAGUUAUUUUACUUCAACUCUUCAAAAUAAUGCGAAAUUUCAACUGUGGCUUCAUAUUUGGCAUAACCUGAUGAAUAAGGCGGGUAGUCAAUAAAUUUGUAUCAUAAAUCGUCUAAUUUUGACGGUGAAACGCCAUGCGUUAGAUGAUGUCAGAUGUGUAUGAGAGAUGUCAAAAUUGACAGAAAUUAAUUCCCAUGUAACACCAUCUAUUGAAGGUUACAUUAAUGUCAAAUCCUUGUUUAAACCAUAUGAUAUUAAACCGAAUGUAGGUUUAUUUAAUCAAUAUGUUUAAACAUAUUUAAAAUAUUUUUCUUAUAUAUGUUAACUACGCUUUUUUUAUAUAUGUUACCAUUUGAAACAUACUAAGGCUGUGUUUUGCCUAUCUGCAGGUUAAAAAGAGAUUAUUUUUAGUUUUUGUAUUACGUAAAUAUUUGUUUAUUCAUAAUCACAGCGUAUUUAAUAAAAGACCAGAAUAAGUGCAACAGUAACAUCUUUUGACAUAAGUUAAAUAGAUCCGAUUUCUUAUUUCUAUAAAUUUAUUCAUAGGUGCCAAGUUAGAAAAGUUUCAGCUGCAUUUUUAUGUAAAAUUUUCUCAUUCGGGGUUCAAAUUUAUACCUUUUGUACAGAUUUUCUUUGAUUGUCUGGAUUAUGUGAAACUCCUUGUUUUUCAUAUACAAACGUUUUCAGCGACUUCCACCCGAAACUCUUAUAUCUCGAUGUCACGAAUGUUUUUUCUCCCUGGGUUUCUUCCUACUUCUAUCCUACACAUUAAAAUCAAUCUUAAUUUCCCAUAUUUUUCAUCUCUCAUUCUAUAUUCCAAAUAAAAAACUUUUCAUUGUUUUGUAGUUUGUAGCCUUUGGUUCCUGUAGUAUGUACAUAUUCACAAAUAUUCUGUUCAAAAUGAUUCCACAAUAUAAUUAACAUAUUCACAAAUAUUCUGUUCAAAAUGAUUCCACAAUAUAAUUAACAUAUAUAUAUAUAUAUAUGUUCGGUUUAAGGCGUUUGUGCCUCUCGGUUCCCAGUCUCCAUCUACGUCUAUGGACCCACUCGCCUGAUCAUAGAUCUCUUUCUGACAUUGCCUUUCGGACUUUAUUAAGCCAUUUUAUCUUCCACGUUUUUGUGCUCAGGUGGCACCAAUCCAGUAUGAUCUUCGGUAGGCGAUGAUCUGUCCUUCUCUAUACAUUUCCGUACCUAAUAAGCUGUUUUUUUUUUUCUGAAAACUAUUACGUCUACGCUUGCACGUGCUAUAUUAAUGGAAUGCGUGUUCAAACAGAUGCUUUCCAGAAUUUCUUAAGGUCGAUUCAGACACAUCAGUCACGUCUCGUCACAGUGAUUGCGCCGAACCGAACAAUCCGUCAUACAAAAUAUUCUUUAAUACAAAUAUGUUGCCGGCAUUCACACUCAUCAGUUGACAAACAGUUUUCCAGCUGUCAGAUAGUUGAUAGUUCUGUGACCAAACAGGACCGGUUCGGCGCCGAGACUAUGACGGGACUGAUGUGUCUGAAUCGACCUUAAGACCCUAUUUUUAGUGUUGUCAAAUCUCAAGGUUCCGUCUAGAGGUAAAGAAGUCAUGCUCCAAUGAAUGCUGUCACAAUUGCACAUUGUCCAAAAAUGAAAACAAACUUUGUUUUAUAAUGCAAAAUGACAUACCUUUAUAACGAAACGCACUUCGUCUGGUAUCUUAUUAAAUAAUCUUAUUUUUAAAUAAAACACUAUGUUUUGAUAAAAACAUUAUAAAGACUUUUUUAUGUAUUUUAUAUAUAUCAUAAACAUAUAUUAUAUAAGAUUAUAAUAUUGUAGAGUAGCCUAACAAAUUGUGUUUUGUUUGAAAAGUAUAACCAAGUUUUUAAAAUAGUCAAUGUGUUGUGUUUAUUUAUAUAUUACGGUGUUAGUUUUCCAAUAAAUUGUUAAAAUAUUU